CGCCGCGCCGACACAGGCGCCGCCCGUCACCCCCACCGUGCCGUACAUCACCGAGGCCAUCCUGCAGCAGCCGGCAGACGACUUCCUGGCGAUGCACAAGAACCAGACCAUGGCGGCCGCGCACCUGGACGCCACGUACCUGCAGAACCUGCAGUCGCUGUACUGGGACUUCAACGGCACCUUCCACCUGUCCAAGUUCGACGACUUCGACCACACGGCCAUCGACGAGCUGAACGAGAUCAAGGCCACGACGCUGGCGCCGCCCUGGCUGCCCAAGGGCCCCGACAAGGGCAAGGUGCCCAAGGAGCUGCCCCAGUUCGACUCGAACCUCGUGACCAACGUGACGGUGCAGCUCGGCGAGAACGCCUUCCUACGGUGCAGGGUGCGCAACCUCGGCGAGCACAAGGUGAUGUGGAUCCGGCGGCGGGACUGGCACAUCCUCACGUCGGGCACCACCACCUACACGACGGACGAGCGGUACGAGGUGGUGCACCCCGAGGGCGCCGAAGAGUGGCACCUCGUCAUCAGAUACGUCCAGAAGCGCGACAACGGCACAUACGAGUGUCAAGUGCCGACGGGGGCGGGCAAGAUGUCGCACUACUUCAACCUGCACGUGAUGGUGCCCGCCGCCUUCAUUCUCGGCAGCGGCGAGUACCACAUCGGCGAGGGCUCCACCAUCAGCCUCGUCUGCAUCAUCGAGAACAGCCCGGUGCCGCCGCAGUACGUGAUGUGGUACCACAACGGGCGCAUGAUCAACUACGACACGGUGCGCGGCGGGGUGACGGUGUCCACGGAGCCCGGGCCCAAGACGCACUCGCGCCUCGUGGUGAACAGCGCCACGCACGGCGACUCGGGGAACUACACGUGCCGCGCCUCCAACACGGAGGAGGACACCAUCUACGUGUCCGUGAGCAACGAGGGUGACAACACGGCGGCCAUCCAGGGCCAGGGCACGUCCUUCACGUCGCGGGUCGCCGGCCUGCCCUUCCCCUUCAGCGUGCUCAUGGCGUGCCUCAGCGCGUGGAGGACCACGUUGUCGGCGUCAUAGCCUGCAUAGCCUGCAUAGCCUGCUCGGGGAUGCCCGCAGGGAUGCCCGCAGGGAUGCUGGAGCUGGUCGGCCGCCGGGUCCUUCGUGGUCCUUGGCCGACUGACUGGAGGGGCGUCCUCUAGUCCUGCGCGGCCUGCCAGCCCUGCCAGUCUCUCCUGGAGCUGCCUUGGCUGCCGGCUGCGGCUGCUGCAGUGUGCCGCACCCCUUCCACCCCGUCCGCCAUCCGUCCACUGCUCCCGGACGCUGCAGCGCUGUCCACGCCCCGCGCCGCUAGCUGCUAGCUAGCUGCCCCAUGCAGAGCGCGGCCGGCGUGGGCCCCGCCACCCUCUGCCCCACCCCACACGUGGGUGUCGAGUGGCCAACCUCAUCGGACCCUUCUUGAAAGUGUGUGUGUUUGUGUGUGAGUGAGUGUGUGCGCCAGUUGCAAUGCGUUGCAAUGUGUGAUAAGGUGAUGUCGCGUGGAGGAGCCGCCAGUGGACUCCCGAGACGCCUCAAGUUAAGUGACGUUGAGAAUAGUGACGCAGUAGCACUGUCCGUGCCGCGUCGCCGCGUCGAUCGGACAAAGAGUUUUGUGUCGUAGUUACACUGUGAGUAAAUUUUGGUAGUGUUUUUUAUACAUCUGUUGGCACUGUGCUGACGGCACGAUGCAUUCCUCUGUCGGCUCAGACGGUGGUGGAGGAUUCAGACUUUCGGCCAUUCUAACAGCCCCAUUUGGCGUGACACCCAGGGACGGGACGGGACACCUGCCCCUUGCGCGCCGCCUCCCUCUCUUCUCAUUGCACCCAGUGACCCAGUGUGCCUCUCAAAAACCGAUGAACCGAUCCACCAAUGGUUUGUGAUCGCGUGUUUACCUAGCCUUGACCCAAUAAGAAAAACAAAAUCAGCUGCUUGGGAUGUUUGAACCUUUGCUUUCCCAUGACCUAAAAAAUUAGCCUUUGACUCACUGUCUCCUCGCCCACCCAAAGAGUUUCAAGACACCCCUCGGCCUAGCCAGGGCGCCAAGGCCUCGUCUAUCUUUACCUUCUACUCGAGUUAGAGCGAACGAAGUUCGAAGAAAGGCGGCAAGCGAACAGGCGGCUUGGGCGUCGUCGCGUUUUUCACUUACUACAGCCUGCGACGCACAUUCCGCUGGCUUCAUGAUUUCAUCUCGUAAAGUUGCCAUUCCAUAACCACUUCAAGUCGAAACUCAUUGAAGCUGUGAAUAUAAUUAAGGUUAUUGUGAGUGUGAAGACUUGUUAACGGUUAAAUUUGAGCAUAAAUUUAAUUGACAAGUUACAAAAGGCGACAUCAGUGAGUGUGGUUGCUGUCAAAUUAUUAUUUUUGUUUGAAAAUUGAAUAAAUAAAAUGUACUUCUUAAA